UACAACUAGUUUGGUUUGAGGCGGGUUAUUUUUGGGCAAGUCUGUGUGCGAGAGGCACCUCAAACGGAGAGAGAGGGAGCGGAGCAGAGCGCACGGCGCACAGACAGGACCAGACGCACGGAGAGAGAGAGAGAGAGAGAGAGAGAGAGAGAGAGAGAGAGAGAGAGAGAGAGAGAGAGAGAAGGAGAGAGGAAAGGAAAGGAAAGGCGCACAGAUUUCAGUGGUGUUCAGCUGCUUCUCCCGUAUACACUGGAUGCGCGCAACAGAUCUUGUACGACCAAGGGAGGAUAAGAUAUAUAGACACAAUUUGGAUGUUUUUUUUUUAUGGAGAUUAGAUCAAACUUGAAGUCACAUUUUAAACACUCGAAUGUGUUUUUCAUCCUCCGCGGAGAGAGAGAGAGAGACAUGCAGCUGCUGAUUGAAGGAGCACAGCAUUUAGUAAGUUAAAAACUGGGGAUUUUUUGGAGCUUUUUCUUUUUUCUUGGGAUUUGUUAUUUUUGGCUUCCAAACAAAAAAAAAUGAAAGGACUAUUUCUGGCAAGAAUGUGGAAAGUUGUGGCUGUUUUUUUAGCGCUGCUGGCGACAACAACCCAACACGUCGCCAGCGGCAAGACGCUGAAAUACCAGAUCCACGAGGAGCAGAAGGUCGGCACGGUCAUCGCGCGCUUGAGGGAAGACGUCGCGGACGUUGUGGCCAAACUUCCUCCCUCGGUGUCGCUCCGCUUCCGAGCCAUGCAGAGAGGAGGCUCAUCCUUCCUCGCGGUGCGCGAGCAGGACGGAGAGAUCAGCGUGAGGACCAAAAUCGACCGCGAGAAACUGUGCGAGAAGAACCUCAACUGCUCCAUCCAGUUCGACGUGCUCACGCUGCCCACGGAGCACCUGCAGCUGUUCCACGUCGAGGUGGAGGUGUUGGACAUCAACGACAACGCGCCGCAGUUCGCGCGCGCCGUCAUCCCCAUCGAGAUCUCCGAGAGCGCGGCGGUGGGCGCGCGCAUCCCCCUGGACAGCGCCACGGACCCGGACGUCGGGGAAAACUCGCUGUACACUUACGCGUUAGAGCCCAACAACUUCUUCAAGCUCGACGUCCAGUCCAGGACCGACGGGGCCAAGUACGCGGAGCUGGUGGUGCUCCGCGAGCUGGACCGCGAGGUGCGCGCGGGUUAUGAACUCCAGUACACGGCUUCGGAUAGGGGCGUUCCCGCGAGAACUGGGUCGACCCUGCUCAAAAUUAGCGUGGCCGACUCGAACGACAACAGCCCGAUUUUCGACAAGUCGUCGUACGUCAUCAAUCUGCCGGAAAACGCACCUGUUGGCACUAUGCUCAUUGACUUGAACGCCACUGACGCGGAUGACGGCACCAACGCCAAGAUAGUCUACUCCUUCAGCAGUCACGUGUCCCCCAAGAUCAUGGAGACGUUUAAGAUUAACCCCGACAGCGGCCGACUGACCCUGAUCAGACGCGUGGACUACGAGGCAGUCAACUCUUACGAUAUAGACGUCCAGGCGCAGGACAUGGGUCCGAACUCCAUGCCGGCUCACUGCAAGAUCCUGGUCAAGUUGGUGGACGUGAACGACAACAAACCGGAUAUCAGCAUCAACCUCAUGUCCUCUCAAGGGAACGGGGACGCGGCUUACAUCUCAGAGGCGUCUCCUUUGGACACGUUCGUGGCUCUGGUGAGGGUGGAGGACAUGGACUCUGGGUUGAACGGAGAGGUGGAGUGCAAGCUUCAUGGUCAGGGAUAUUUCAAACUGCAGAAGUCCUACGAGAACAACUACAUGAUUCUGACCAACGUGUCUCUGGACCGAGAGAAGAGAUCAGAGUUCAGUCUGACGGUGGUGGCGGAGGACCGAGGGAUCCCCAGUCUCUCUACUGUUAAACAUUUCACCGUGCACGUGACCGAUGAGAAUGACAACCCGCCCAGAUUUGAGAAGGGGCAAUACGAGAUCUUUAAAUCGGAGAACAACGCCCCCGGAGCGUAUCUGACCUCCAUCAUGGCCACCGACCCCGACCUGGACGCCAACGGUCAGGUGAGCUACUCCAUCAUGGAGAACUCCGUUCACGGAAGCUCCAUCUCCACCUACGUCACCAUCGACCCCUCGAACGGCGCCAUCUACGCGCUGCGUACGUUCGAUCGCGAGGACGUCAGUCGCAUCUCCUUCGUCGUGCAGGCCAAAGACGCCGGGAAACCGCCACUGCUUAGCAACGCCACAGUUGUCCUGAACAUCCUGGACGAGAACGACAACCCUCCGGUCAUCGUGGUCCCUCAGCUGUGGAACUUCACCGCCGAUGUGCCCGUGUCAAAGUUCACGGACGCCGGACACUUGGUAACCGUGGUCAGGGCGACUGAUCGCGACACGGGGGUCAACGCGGAGCUCAUUUGCUCCAUCGUCAGCGGCAACGAGGAGGGCUUCUUCGUCAUCGACCCGAGGACGUGCGAAAUCCACGCCAACGCCAGCCUGGAGAACUUCCCCCACGAGCACGCGGAGUUGACGGUCGUGGUGAGAGAUCAGGGGAGGGAGAGCCUCAGCGCGAAGGCGGCGCUGAAGAUCACCCUCUACGAGAACAUGGAGAACCACGUCCAGGUGAUGGACCAGGGGGAGUCGUCCCUCGACGCGUCCCUGAUCAUCAUCAUCUCCCUGGGGGCCAUCUGCACCGUGCUCCUGGUCAUCAUGGUGGUGUUCGCCGCCCGCUGCAGCCGGGAGAAGAAGGACACGAGGCACUCCUACAACUGCCGGGUGGCCGAGUCCACCCACCAGCACCAUCCCAAGAAGCCCUCGCGCCAGAUCCACAAGGGCGACAUCACCCUGGUUCCCACGGUGAACGGCACCCUGCCGAUCAGAGCGCACCACCGCUCGCCUUCGGCCACGCCCCCCAUGGACCGGGCCCAGAUGGGGAGCCGGCAGAAUCACCACAGCCGCCAGUCGCUGAACAGCCUGGUGACCAUCUCGUCCAAUCACAUCCCAGAGAGCUUCGCCCUGGAACUGGCGCACGCCACUCCACCAGUGGAGCAAGUCUCACAGCUUCUGUCCAUGCUCCAUCAGGGCCAGUACCAGCCCAGACCCAGUUUCCGUGGCAACAAAUACUCCCGCAGCUACAGAUAUGCAUUACAAGACAUGGACAAGUUCAGCCUGAAGGACAGUGGCCGUGGGGACAGCGAGGCGGGAGACAGUGACUGUGACAUGGGUCGGGAAUCCCCCGUGGACAGGCUGCUGCUGGGGGAGGGCUUUUCUGACCUCAUACACCUCGAAAUGCACCAUCGACUCCACCCAGCUAUGAGACUGUGCACGGAUGAAUGUCGCGUCCUGGGACACUCUGACCAGUGCUGGAUGCCCCCCCUCUCCUCGCCCGCUUCCUCCGACUACCGCAACAACAUGUACAUCCCCGGGGAGGAGUCCACCCAGCAGCCACCGAUCGACGACGACCAGUCAUCCGUCGACUCGGAGCGGCGCAAAAGCUUCUCCACUUUUGGCAAGGAGUCCGACGGCGAAGAGGCGGGGGCCGGGGGGGGUGUCGCCGGAGGAGGAAGCGACGCCUGUGCGGCCGGAGGAGGAGGAGGAGGAGGAGGAGGUGGAGGAGGAGGGGCUGGCUCCCUCCUCACAGAAAUGAACUCUGUGUUCCAGCGGCUCCUCCCCCCUAACAUGGACUCGUACGCGGAGUGCACCGAAACGAGCCCGCCCUCGUCUUCAUCCACCGCCGAGAGAGGAAGCGGGCGCGGCGGAAACAUCGCAGGUAACCAUAGCAACAACGCUGUUCCUCAGGACAACCGGAGAGGGUUGUUGCCAGGUGGGAAAGGUCCCGCUUACCCCCCAGGUGUGGCUGCGUGGGCGGCCAAUACCCACUAUCUUAAUCCCGGAAGUGGAUCGGUGGGAACCAAUCAUGUCUCCUCCUCUUCUUCUUCUACUUCCUCAUCCUCCACCUCCACUUCCGCCUCUGCCAACGGACAGCCGCCGCACCUCAAAUGGCUGCCAGCCAUGGAGGAAAUCCCAGAGAAUUACGAGGAAGACGACUUCGAAGGCGUCUUCCAUCAGGGCGGCAAGCGCAGCGAGAGCCGCCACGAAGCCGGCAUGGACGCUAGCGAGCUGGUCCACGAGAUCAACAAGCUGCUGCAGGAUGUCAGACAGAACUAGAGAGAGAGGAAACAAAAAGGGGAGAAGACAUAGCAUGGUUUCACAUUUCACCACAUCCUGGCUUGUUCUUUGUGCCAACAUGUAUAAACUUUUUACGAUGACUGUUUUCCUUGUUCACUGUAAUGCUCGUCUUGUUUAUUUUACCAAAUAUCCUCUUUACUGCUCCGGUGCCGAGAGACUCGCUGAGAAAAGCAACAAAAAAAAAAGGCACUGAAGUUGUGAUUGAGGCGACUUAAGGCAUCAAAGCGAACGCUCGAAGAACAGAUUGCUCCGUUGUUAUUACAGCCCUCUCCGAAAGUUGCUUGAAUGAGCGAUUUCAAACGGAAAUCCACCGACGAAAACUGUACCCCUUUCUUCAUUUGUAAUGUUUACAGCAGCGUGAACAGACUCCGCGGGGAGGAACCAACAGUUGUGUGAUCUAAUUUCUGCUUUUACAGUGUACAAUAUUGUACAGCGUGUGUGUGGAAUCAAGGCAAAACUCACUUGAAUAUCGUGCUACGUCUCCUGUUUUGUUAUUAUGGAAUGUAACUGUACAAUUUGACCUUUGUAUUUUAAAAAUACACUCUUUUUUACUUCUAUAUAUUUAUAUGUGUCCAUGUAUGUUUGUACAGAAAAAGAAAAAGAAAUGUCUAUUUUUUAUAUUUGUCACUGCAUGUCUUAAUAUCACUCAAUGUGUCUCUUUUCCCUCGGCCCCUGUUUAUUUUAUAAAAACAACUGUAUUUAAUUUUGGUAUUGAAUGUGUGCGUGUGCGUAUUAAAAAUAAUCACAUUCCAAUGCAGUUCCAUGUUGGAAGUUGGUUUUGUAUGGUAACAUUGUGACCAUUGGAUGAUAAAUAAAGUGGAGGGAUUCAUAACAGA